AAAGUCUCCCACUAUUGAGCAAGCAAACCAAUUAACUUCACCUAUCCAACCAGCCAUGGCUUCCAAAAACAACAACACUGUCGACGAAGUCUCCAACUGGCUCCGAGUUUUCGAAGAUGGAACAGUCUGCCGCUCGUGGACUGGUCCACCUGAGGUCGAAAUCUUGAUGAAAAGUGCUCCACCCCACGAUCAAUUUGUUGACGGGGUUGCUACUCGGGAUAUGAUAAUUGAUUCUAACAGUGGCCUAACCGUUCGGAUUUACAUCCCGGAGAAGAAUAGUAAUGUCCUGGGAGAGAAUAAGCUACCCCUCAUCCUUCAUUUUCAUGGUGGCGGCUUUUGCAUUAGCCGUCCUGAUUGGUACAUGUACUACAACUUUUAUAAACGGCUUGUGGUGUCGGCUCAAGCUGUUUUUGUCUCUGUCUACCUUCGGCUUGCACCAGAGGAUCGGCUCCCAGCUGCAUGUGAGGACGCCUAUGCUGCAUUCCUCUGGCUUUCUUCAGUGGCUCGAGGCGAGUCAUCCGAGCCGUGGCUCGACAAUUUAGCCGAUUUUCAACGAAGUUUUCUGAUCGGCGAUAGCACUGGUGGGAAUCUUGUACAUGACUUAGCGGCUCGGGCUGGAGGAAUGAAUACGGAGCCGGUGAAGAUAGCUGGCGGGAUAGCCAUACACCCCGGUUUCCUGCGAGCCGAGCCGAGCAAGUCGUUUUUGGAAUUACCGGAAACACCGUUGCUGACUCGUGACAUGGUAAGUAAGUUCAUGUCUUUAGCACUUCCGAUUGGUGCUACAAAAGACCAUCCAAUCACGUGUCCAAUGGGCCCAAAUGCUACGCCACUGGACGGCCUAAAGUUGCCGCCGAUGCUUGUAGUGGUGGCGGAGAUGGAUUUAUUGAGAGACUCAGAGUUAGAAUAUUGCGAAGCUAUGAAGAAGGCCGGUAAAGAAGUGGAGAUAUUGAUAAAUAAUGGAAUGGGACAUAGUUUCUAUUUCGCCAUGGAUAUGGACCCAGAGACAGCGGUUCAAGCCAAUAAGUUAAUUGAAGAUAUGGCAAAUUUCAUCAUCAACCAUUAGAGGGAACCAUUUAAGUAUGGAUGUCUAUUCUAGUAGGCAAAAUAAAAUCAGUAUUUUAGUUAAUUAUAAUAUGUACUAAAAAAAUGGAUCUAUGAAAAAAUAUUUUAAGAU